GGGAGGAAGAGGAAGAAGGUCUUGCCUCCUUCACACGGAGUUUAACUUCUUUAAAACAACUUUAACUCACUUUUUAUUUCAUGUUAAAAUUAAACCUCCGCGAAUAUUUCCAGGCAGCGGUGAGCGCCAGGCAGCGAGGCCGGCGAAGGGACGCUAUUCCCGGGGAGAAAAACAGCGACAUGUCGGGGGGAUCCAGGCCGAGUGGAUGUGACUGAGAGGCGGGGAAAACCCUCCGAGACUCCCCGCUCCUGAGAGGAGGAUGGAGGGAGAGAAAGAGACGGCGGAGGAGAAGGAGGAGGAAGAAGAGGAGGAGGAGGAAGAGGAGGAAGAAGAUCUUCAUCAUAUCGCGGCAAUAUCCAUAGACCACCAGGAACUUCCCAUCAUGCACUGGGAGGAUUUGAGCCAGCGAAUAGCAGAGCUGGAGCAGCAGGAGAGGAGCGAGAGGUCAAAGAGGCCGGAGGAGGGCGAGUGGAGAGACGUUUGGGAGGAAGACGAGGAAGACUUAAGGAAGUGCCGCGUCGCUGUCGUGUCGUCACGAUUUCAGCACCACAAAAACCUGCAGCUGUGCUUCGUCAACAACAGCGACAGCGAGGAGGACGAGGAGAAAGAGGUUUCAAAGGGAGCGGGGCAGAAUGGAUGCCGAGGCGCCGGAUUGAAACAGGAAGUGGUGUCGGCUCUGAGGAGGCUGAGGGACGAGCUGCUGGCCAAUCAGAGAGAGGGAGGG